AUGAUCAAAGCGAUGCAUGCCUGGGAGUCACUUGGCUUGAUCAGUGAGAAGCUACACGAUGAGCAACAUGGCUACUUCGUCAACAAGGAAAAGGCCGACAAGGCUAACGAGCUGCAAAGAGUGGUUGAGGGAAUAGCAAAGUCGUUCGCUACGUCGUAUCGUGGCACCAUUGAAGAGCUCCAUACGUAUCUAGCUGAAGAGAAUGCGUUCUUGGAAGACGUCCUCCGGCUCGGACAAGAAUUUGGAGUGAAGAUAUGGGGCCGUAUAGAAGACGGUGAAAUACGCUCGUCAGGCGAAUCCCAAGGAAACGGCAUCGAGGAGCAGGACUGGGACGACCCGAAAGACCGCCAGAAUAUUAUGUUCUACAUCCGAUGCUGGCUCAUAUGUACUGUGGUCAGAGAGUACAAGGCGACUCCACGAAAAGGGAAAGCAAAAGGUCGGAUCCGCGACUUGCCAUCUCAAGAUCAACAGAACGAAGACACCGUCGAAGAUCUCGCAGAAAUUGACAGCCCUAGAAUCAUAGGUGGAUCGUUUCGGGCGCCAGAGCCACCACGCAUGUAUCCAACACCAGAACCGCGCAGAGAUACUACAGCCACCAGUGCCAACGAGAAGACUACAAGCACCAGCUUCACCUCCGUGAAUAAGACCACAACACCAAGUAAGAGGAAAGCGCAAUAUUCCCACGAACGAACACCUUCCGGGAAGCUUGCGAAGCCUUCAAAGGGCGGUCGAACGAUCCCUGUUCUCACUAAUCAGUCACGAGAUCCAUACUCGAUCCCCAUAUCUCCUCCUGCUUUGUCUCCGAUAUCGCCUCCCGCAUUCCCGAACCUAGGCCGCUCAUCGUUUGGAAGACGAAGAGAGUCCACAUAUGACUCAGACGCGACUUGGGCACCGCCUCGUGAAGAAACCGCAGACGCGGAAACGGUGGUCGAUGCGGAAGAGUUGCAUCCCGGAGACGUCGAUUCAAGAAUCCAGAACGACAUCGCCACAUCUAAUGCAGACGAAAUGCAAUACGAGUACGACAACCAGAACGAGAGCGUCGCCGGCCCAUCGGGCACCUACCGAAACCCUCUCAGACAAGAUUCCGUCAUACCAGACACACAAACGCAAAACGAUGCAGUAGACACUAUCGUCUACCCUCCAAGUGGCCAAAUCAUCCAAAUCGACGAAGACAUAUCAAGCGAUGCAUAUACCGACGCCAUAAUCCGCUCCCUCAUCUCCGAUCCCUCUCCCACAACCCGUCAAACGCGCAUAUACCGUCUCGAACUCUACAGACUGCUUGUAGCGUACCUAAAUGGCAUCAAGAACUUUGAUCCCACCAACUACGACUCCGCUGCGGAAGAACGCAUGGACUUUCUGCUCAACCAGUUCCAUUGUACCAACGCUGAUGCGUGGCAUUCUGAUCAUAACGAUAGUGCGCUUCGCCUACACCUCGCAUUCGAGAAAUGGAUGAGUAUGCGUCACCGUCUCGCCGCUUUUCGCAGCGUAACGGGAUAUUUUGGCCCACCGGGGAGGCAGUGGGAGGAACAUUUGAGGGGGCUGGAUGAUGUGCCGCAUGCGGAGGCUAUCUUAGCUUUUGUCGAUCUGAAGGAUCCUGGGGACAGAGAAGAGGGAGGCAGGGUGCUUGGUGAUGGGUUUGAUAAUGAUCUUAUGAUGAUGUUUGAUGGGUUAACUAAGUUUCAGGACUGUAAUGGGCCAGAGGCUUUCAAGGGGGUGAGGAAGUUUAAUGAGAGGUUGUUGGCGUGGUUUAGGGAUGAGUGA